AUGAAUUUGAGUAAAAGAUCCAAAAGAGGGGAUCAGUUGAAUGGCGAAGAAGUGGUCGACAAUAGAGAAGACAACACAAGAUAUGAAGACAUAGUCACACAAACACAAGAUCUCAAUAAUAAACAUUUUAGUGUUGAAAAUAAUGAAUCAGACAAUGGAUCAGAUGAUGGCGUCGAUUGCAAUGUCGACAACGACUCGAGCGAUGGAUCAGUUGACGAAAACGAGGGCCAAAGAGCGCUAAAACUGAACGACUUCUUAGGUAUAAAUCCAAUGCAAACAACAGAUGUGAACACAAAUGGAGAGCAAAUAGACUUAAAUCUUAAGCAAAAAAUGAAAACAUUGUUCAAAACUGAAGUAAUGGCCAAACAGGCGAUUAAUGGUCUCAAUCGGUCGGCAACUGGUGGCAGUCCAUCGGGCAAUAGCGCGGCCGCACCGGUGGUCACGACCUCGAAAGGGAUGUUCGCUUGCGGUUGGCCUGACUGUGACUUUACCAGUUGUCGCAUCAGUAGAGUGGAGGAACACAAACGUCGUGUCCAUACGCCCGACACCGACGGACAAUACAAUUGUAAAAUAAAGACGUGUCCCUUCCGGACACCAGACGCUGACGCUAUGGCCGACCACUGGUCCGCCCAUAAGACUCACCGCCUGUUGAGCGACAGUCGCGUCCGACCGGACGGUAUGUAUCCGUGCGGUGAACCCAAUUGCGAUCUCUCAGCGACAACAUAUCAAUAUUUGGUGAGACAUCAGCUCCGAAUGCAUCCGGACGCCUAUCCGUACUGUCCAUGGAUUGAGUGCCCGCACACUGGCUGUCAGUAUAGGACGAAAUCGCUGGACGACCAGAAACGGCACGAAAACGGUCACAAACAGGAUCUGAUUCAGCCGCGAAAACGAGUGCGCGUAUACCCGACCCCUAAGCCGAUAGUCCCUCUGGACCAUCGGUUCGGCGACAACCGUAAGCUUGUCUUUCGUAAGGGACCCGAUGGCCGGUACGCGUGUCCGUGGGUUGGAUGCACUAUGAGUUGGAUUGAACGCAUAGGUUUGAUCAAUCACUGGCGCCGACUUCACACACCAGAUCCUAUGGACAGCGCGUUUGCCUGUCCGCAGCCGUUGUGCACAUUUCGCGCCGUAUCGAUGCACGCGUUGGGCGAACACACGGACACACAUAUCGCUCAUCGGAAAGCGGCCGACGAUCGCCGGCAAUCAGUUGGCAGAUAUGAGUGCGAUUACGUCGGUUGCGGGAAGCAGUUUAUAGUUUACGACCAAUUGUUGCGGCAUCAGCUCCACCGACACCCCGAUGCGCACACCGAGUGGCCGUGGUUUGAGUGCCCGCACACCGACUGCGAGUUUAUGACCAAAAUUAAGAGAGACUUAAAGGCGCACUCAAUACGGCAUAAGAAACCGAGACCAGAGAAACCUGUCUUUGAGAUGACACCCGACGGCCAGUAUAUCUGCGAUUUUAUUGGCUGUGAGAAGCGCUUCAACUCACGCGUGUUAUGCCGUACCCAUAAACUAAAAGUACAUCGAGUGGAGCACUCGGUGUGCGGUAUAAAUGGCUGUACGACAACGUUUAACACUCGGGACAAACGAUAUAAACACCAGUGGCGUAUGCAUAACCAACGGCCCCACCACUGUGGACAUCCCGGUUGCAAAUUUAGUACUGGCAGUGCGUUUAGCCUAAAGCAACACCUGUCGACACAUACGGGCGAAAAGCCUUUUCGGUGCGAAUUGGAUGAUUGCGGCCAAGCGUUCCGAUUGGAGAUGGCGCUGACCGAACACCAGAAACGUGUCCAUUGGCAGCACUUCCCGGACUUACCGUGGAUUCAGUGUUCGCAUACAGGCUGUGAGUGGCGCACGAAGAUUCCACAUGAUCUUACAAUACACACAAAGUCUCACACAAAGCCAUACAAGUGCUCGCAAUGCGACAAAUGCUUUGGCGAAUCCCAAGCCUUGAGGAAUCAUCGCGUCCGUCACGACGACUCCCUGAAGAUCCCCUGCCAUUGGCCGGGAUGUGACAAGAGGUUCGUCCGAUACCCUGAAAUGAAGCGCCAUCUGAACGCCCACAGCGGGGAACGGGUGUAUCGGUGUGUAUGGCCCGGAUGUGACAAACAGUAUCUCAACGAGUAUUCACUUAGUUAUCACCAAAAGUCCACUCAUAACAAGACUACCGAUUUGAGUAAAAGAUCCAAAAGAAGGGAUCAAUUGAAUGGUGAAGAAGUGGUCGACAAUACAGAAGACAAUAGACGUAAUAAAAGAUCCAAAAGAAGUGAUGAAUUGAAUGGCGAAGAACUGGUGUCUCAUAGAGAAGACAAAACAAGUAAUGAACGAUUGAUCGAAAGACUGAGCGUCAAAGACAAUGAAUCAGACAAUGGAUCAGAUGAUGGCGUCGAUUGCAAUGUCGACAACGACUCGAGCGAUGGAUCAGUUGACGAAAAUGAGGGCCAAAGAGCGCUCAAACUGAACGACUUUUUAGGUAUAAAUCCAAUGCAAACAACAGAUGUGAACACAAAUGGAAAUGAAAUAGACUUGAAGUUAAAUCUUAAGCAAAAACUUCAAACAUUGUUCAGAACUGAAGUAAUGGCCAAACAGGCGAUUAAUGGUCUCAAUCGGUCGGCAACGGGUGACAGUCCAUCGGGCGAUAGCGCGGCCGCACCGGUGGCCACGUCCUCGAAGGGGUUGUUUGCUUGCGGUUGGCCUGACUGUGACUUUACCAGCAAUCGCAUCAAGAAAGUGGAGGAACACAAACUUCGUGUCCAUACGCCCGACGCCGACGGACAAUACAAUUGUAAAAUCAAGACGUGUCCCUUCCGGACACCAGACGCUGACGCUAUGGCCGACCACUGGUCCGCCCAUAGGGCUCAUCGCCUGUUGUGCGAGAGUCGCGUCCGACCGGACGGUAUGUUUCCGUGCGGUGAACCAAAUUGCGAUUUCUUAGGCAAAGAAUUUCGCGCUGUAGUCACACAUCAGCUCCGAAUGCAUCCGAACGCCUAUUUGUACUGUCCAUGGAUUGAGUGCCCGCACACUGGCUGUCAGUAUAGGACGAAAUUGCAGGAAGACUACAAACGGCACGAAAACGCUCACAAACAGGACCUGAUUCAGCCUCGCAAACGAGUGCGCGUAUAUCUGGCCCCUAAGCCGACGGUAACUUUGGACCAUCGGUUCGGCGACAACCGUAAGCUUGUCUUUCGUAAGGGUCGCGACGGCCGGUACGCGUGUCCGUGGAUUGGCUGCACCAUGAGUUGGAUUGAGCGCAAGGGUUUGCUUAAUCACUGGCGCCGACAUCACACACCAGAUCCAAUGGACAACGCGUUUGCCUGUCCGCAGCCGUUAUGCACUUUUCGCGCCGUAUCGAUGCACGCGUUGGGCGAACACACGGACACACAUAUCGCUCAUCGGAAAGCGGCCGACGCUCGCCGGCAAUCAGUUGGCAAAUAUGAGUGCGAUUACGUCGGUUGCGGUAAACAGUUUAUAGUUUACGACCAAUUGUUGAGGCAUCAGCUCCACCGACACCCCGAAGUGCAUACCGAGUGGCCGUGGUUUGAGUGCCCGCACACCGACUGCGAGUAUAUGACCAAAAUUAGGAGCCUAUUGCGGGCGCACAGAAAAGGUCAUAAGAAACGGAAACCAAAGAAACCUGGCCUCGAGAGGACACCCGACGGCCAGUAUAUCUGCGAUUUUAUUGGCUGUGAGAAGCGCUUCAAAUCAAUCUCGUUAUGCAAUGGUCACAAACGGAGAGUACAUCGAGUGGAGCACUCGGUGUGCGGUAUAAAUGCCUGUACGGCAACGUUCAACACUCGGGACAAACUAUCUAAACACAAGUGGCGUAUGCAUAAUCAACGGCCCCACCAGUGCGGACAUCCCGGUUGCCACUUCAGCACUGGCAGUUUGCAUACCCUAAAGAAACACCGGUUGACACAUACGGCCGAUAAGCCUUUUCGGUGUGAAUUGGAUGACUGCGGCCAAGCGUUCCGAUUGGAGAAAAUGCUGACCGACCACCAGAAACGUGUCCAUUGGCAGCACUUCCCGCACUUGCCGUGGUUUCAAUGCUCGCAUACAGGCUGUGAGUGGCGCACAAAGAUUCCACACGAUCUUACAGUACACACAAAGUCUCACACAAAGCCAUACAAGUGCUCGCAAUGCGACAAAUGCUUUGGCAAUUCCGAUGACUUGAGGCGCCAUCGCAUCCGUCACGACGACUCCCUGAAGAUCCCCUGCCAUUGGCCGGGAUGUGACAAGAAGUUCGUCCGAUUGCCUGAAAUGAAGCGCCAUCUGAACGCCCACAGCGGGGAACGGGUGUAUCGGUGUCUAUGGCCCGGAUGUGACAAACAUUAUCUCAACGAGUAUUCACUCAGUUAUCACGAGAAGACCACUCAUAACAAGACUACCGAUUUGAGUAAAAGAUCCAAAAGAGGGGAUCAGUUGAAUGGCGAAGAAGUGGUCAAUAAUAGAGAAGACAACAGAAGUUACGAAAACACACAAGAACUCAAUAAUAAACAUUUAAGUGUUGAAAAUAAUGAAUCAGAUGAUGGCGUCGAUUGCAAUGUCGACAACGAUUCGAGCGAUGGAUCAGUUGACGAAAACGAAGGCCAAAGAGCGCUCAAACUGAACGACUUCUUAGGUAUAAAUCCAAUGCAAACAACAGAUGUGAACACAAAUGGAGAGGAAAUAGACCUAAAGUUAAAUCUGAAGCAAAAACUGCAAACAUUGUUCAAAACUGAAGUAAUCGCUAAACAGGCGACGAAUGGUCUCAAUCUGUCGGCAAUGGGUGACAGUUCAUCGGGCGAUACCGCGGUGGCACCGGUGCCCACGACCUCGAUAGGGAUGUUCGCUUGCGGUUGGCCUGACUGUGACUUUACCAGCAAUCGCAUCAAGAGAGUGAAAGCCCACAAACUUCGUUUUCAUACCCCCGACGCCGACGGACAAUACAAUUGUAAAACAAAGACGUGUCCCUUCCGGACACCAGACGCUGACGCUAUGGCCGACCACUGGUCCGCCCAUAAAACUCACCGUUUGCUGUGCGAGAGUCGCAUCCGACCGGACGGUAUGUAUCCGUGCGGUCAACCGAAUUGCGAUUUCUUAACCAACGCAUAUCGCGCUUUGGUCACACAUCAGCUCCGAGUGCAUCCGGAAGCCUAUCCGCACUGUCCAUGGAUUGAGUGCCCGCACACUGACUGUCAGUAUAGGACGAAAAGGCUGGGCGACCACAAACGGCACGAAAAUGGUCACAAACAGGACCUGAUUCGGCCGCGAAAACGAGUGCCCGUAUAUCCGACCCCUAAGCCCACGGUAACUCUGGACCAUCGGUUUGGCGACAACCGUAAGCUCGUCUUUCGCAAGGGUCGCGACGGCCGGUACGCGUGUCCGUGGGUUGGAUGCACUAUGAGUUGGAAUGAGCGCAUGGGUUUGACCACUCACUGGCGCCGACAUCACACACCAGAUCCUACGGACAGCACGUUUGCCUGUCCGCAGCCAUUGUGCACUUUUCGCGCCGUAUCGAUGCACGCGUUGGGCGAACACACGGACACACAUAUCGCUCAUCGGAAAGCGGCUGACGCUCGCCGACAAUCAGUUGGCAGAUAUCAAUGCGAUUACGUCGGCUGCGGUAAACAGUUCAUAGUUUACGACCAAUUGUUGCGGCAUCAGCUCCACCGACACCCCGAAGUGCACACCGAGUGGCCGUGGUUUGAGUGCCCGCACAACGACUGCGAGUAUAUGACCAAAAUUAAGAGACUCUUACAGUCGCACUCAAAACUGCAUAAGAAACCGAGACCAGAGAAACCUGUCUUAGAGAUGACACCCGACGGCCAGUAUAUCUGCGAUUUUAUUGGCUGUGAGAAGCGUUACAAAUCACGCGUAUUAUGCAAUGACCACAAACGAAGAAUACAUAGAUUGGAGCACUCGGUGUGCGGUAUAAAUGGCUGUACGGCAACGUUCAACACACGUAACCAGCGAACUAUCCACAAGUGGCGUAUGCAUAACGAACGGGCCCACCAGUGCGGACAUCCCGGUUGCCACUUCAGCACUGGCAGUCCGUUUACCAUAAAGAACCAUCGGUUGACACAUACGGGCGAUAAGCCGUUUCUGUGCGAAUUGGAUGACUGCGGCCAAGCGUUCCGAUUGGAGAAAAUGCUGACCGAUCACCAGAAACGUGUCCAUUGGCAGCACUUCCCGGACUUACCGUGGAUUCAAUGCUCGCAUAUCGGCUGUGAGUGGCGCACAAAGAUUUCACACGACCUUACAAUACACACAAAGUCUCACACAAAGCCAUACAAGUGCUCGCAAUGUGAGAAGUCUUUUGGCAAUUCCGAUGACUUGAGGCGCCAUCGCAUCCGUCACGACGACUCCCUGAAGAUCCCCUGCCAUUGGCCGGGAUGUGACAAGAAGUUCGUCCGAUUGGCUGAAAUGAAGCGCCAUCUGAAUGCCCACAGCGGGGAACGGGUCUAUCGGUGUCUAUGGCCCGGAUGUGACAAACAAUAUCUCAACGAGUAUUCACUCAGUUAUCACGAGAAGACCACUCAUAACAAGACUACAGCUUUGCCGAAGGAAACAGUCCAUCGCUGCCAUUGGCCUGAAUGUGAUUAUAAGACCAAAAACGCCGGAUGUCUAACGAAUCACUUGAACAAACAUCAGGGCAUCGCUGACUACCACUCCACUAGAAUCAAACCCAAAACCUAA